AUGCGCAUCUACGAGUCAGACCCAAACAACGACAUGCAAAAGACUGACAUCACCUUCUCAUACAAUGCCAACUUCUUCCUCUUCGCAACGCUCGAAUGGGCUCGUCCUUAUGCUCACGGCAGAGUGCAGGGCCAGCCGCCCACUUGUCCCGUCCUGACCGGUGUUCCAGUCGCAGGCAUCGCAUAUCUCGACCGUCCCAGCCAGGCCGGCUACUUCAUCUUCCCAGACCUCUCUGUCCGGCACGAGGGGCUCUACAGACUCAACUUCAGUCUGUACGAGGAACCCAAGGAUAACAAGGACGAAGACAAGGUGUCUCCGUCUCCUGUCGGGACCGUGAGCACGACGGGCAUGACCAUGCCGAUGAAGUCGAGACAGCCAAUGAAGAACAUGUAUUUCCGUCUCGAGGUCAAGACCAUCGCCUUCACCGUCUUCAGCGCAAAGAAGUUUCCUGGUCUGUCCGAGAGCACAACUCUUUCUCGUAUAGUUGCCGAGCAGGGCUGCAGAGUGCGUAUCCGUCGAGAUGUGCGUAUGCGUCGUAGAGAACCCAAGUCGAACAAAGACUACGGCGGCUACGAUGAGAGACACGUUACGCCAGACUCGUACCAUCCAGGAACACCGAUCGAGCGGCCGAGAAGUGCCAGCAACUCGGGCAUGGAAGGUGGUUACUACUGUCCAACACCACAACGCGCUCAGUCCGUCGCUCAGGGGUACGGCUAUCCUGCUCCACCACCACCACCAGGACCAGUGUCUCAGCAGUAUCAACAACAACCACCACCACCACAUCCUUCUGCCGGUCAGAUGGCUCUCCCGGGACCGCCAGUGCAGCCUCAAGCUCAGUCUCACCUCUCCUUUGGUGCUCCACAACCACAAUACUGCACUCCCCAGCUCCCGCCACAGCAGCAACAACAACAUCAACAACAACAACCACCACCGCCGCCGCCGCCGCAGCACCCACCAAGCCAGAUGCCCUACUCAUCGCCAAUGCCCAACUACACACCUCUCCGCCAUCCAUCAACGACAACAGAAUAUGAAUCUCACGCUAAAUACCCUUCCUACCAACAAUCGCAGCAACCACAGCAACCACAGCCAUCGAGACAGCCGUCUGACCCCAACGUGAAGGCGAGCCUCCCACCAAUCUCCAUCCCACACGACUCUGCAUCGAGCGGGCCUCGCUACUCCUCAGAUCCAAAAGCAUACCAGUCGACCACAUCCCAAGCAACCCAGAUGCCUCCUCCAUCGUCUCUCACCUCCGCCUCAACUUCUACUUCUUACAACCCGCCCACCACCAACGAUGUCGUCGAACCAGCCACUCCAACAGAGCAGACACAGCAGAAUUCAUCCAAUUCAACAUCACAGCAGCCACCAACCUAUGACCCUACGCCAGGCAAAGGCUGGUCCUUCCGCCCGGAACCCUUACUCUCUUCCAAGCGAGGACACGGCGAUGUCUUUGGCACCGCCCAGCACACCCAGCCCUUACACCACGGCAAACGAGCAGACUCGAUCACUACGUCAUCUUCUAAUGCUAGUCGAAGCACUCUGCUAUCACGCCUCACUCGACUACAGGGCAUCGAUGACGAAGACAAUGGCAUUAUCGGUAUGACCUACAAGCGAGCCGAUGGCCGAGUUGCUACCAGAGUGGCUGGACUGGCGCGAGCGUCGUAA